AGGUAAUCCACCCCACCUGGCUGGCCAGUUCACUCGCUGCCGGCUGCUCGUCGUCCUCUCGUGGUCGUCCUAGCCGGCGACGGUGCGCGGUCGCGAAACCAUGGCCGCCACCGUCCACUGUGCCAGGGCAUUUGUUCUGAUGAGCUUUGAAUGUGGUGCUAGCAGUUCUUCAAGAAAAACAAUAUCUUGUCACAAGUGUUGUGCAUUGGUGAAGCCAACUCUAUCACAGAAAGAACUUCGGAAAUCAAGGCAAAUAAUUCAAUAUCGGGAGUUAGUAUUGCCCAAAUCAUCCCUGAAAGGACUAGCUUGCGAACAAUUGGCCAAUGGAAUGGAUGACCAAUGGUCCCAUCAUUGUUUGCACUCGUCCUCAGUUUCAAGUGCACAAUAUUCCAUGAAAAAGGUGCAAGAUCAUCAACCUCACCAACCACAAGGUGCUACUUACUCCACUGGUUUGUCAAAGAAGGAAAUCGAGAGAAGACAGAAGAUUGGUGCUGCAAACAAGGGGCAGGUUCCCUGGACAAAAGGCCGGAAAUGGAGUGAAGAGCAUAGGAAGCUCAUCAGUCUAAGGACUACUGAAGCUCUGAGAGAUCCCAAGGUUAGGAAGAAAAUGCUGGGGCAUCGUCAACUACAUAGACAAGCGAGCAAAGAUAAAAUAAGCGCUUCAUUGAAGAAGAUCUGGGAGAGGCGAAUAGUUUCUGUUAGAUCAAAGCAGAAGGUUAUGCAAAUAUGGUCAAACAGUAUAGCCGAAGCAGCAAAGAGAGGUGAUUGCAGCCAAGAUAAGCUUGACUGGGACAGCUAUGAAAGGAUUAAAUUGGAUAUGAUAUCUAUGUACCUGUGGAACAAAGAGAGGGAACAGACAAUCAAGAAGCUUAAGAAGGCGGUGGCAAAAAUAGCUGCCAAAAAGCUGCAAGCAGCAGGAACAAGGGCAAAAAUAGCUGCUAAGAAGUUUCAAGCAGCAGGGACAAGGAAAGUACAGGCUGCAGGGACAAAGAAGUUGAAACCUGAGAAGCUGUUGCUACAAAAAUUGGAUGCUCAGCUGACACGAGUGGUAGUAUCUGCAAGACCAAAGGUUAAGGAGAGGCUAACAAAGUGGCACUGUCGGAAAAAAGAGCUUGAAACUGUGAUAAGUUCACGGACAAGGAAAAGAGGAUUGCGAAAGCCACCACGAAGUCAAAUGACGGCAGAAAGGCGUGCAGAAGUGGACUUGGUCGUGCUUGAGGCUCCUUCUGGCCCGAUUGCAGGAGCGUAAGUUAUCUAGGAAGGAUGGGUGUCCAUGCGCUGGCACAUGAUUCGACCUGCUGAGCAACCGGGAGGUUGCAGUCACCUUAUAGAGAAGCACAUGAGUCUUAACCACAUUAGGCAUUGGUUUUUUGUAUCCAUCAGAAAGGAGGGUUUGAGUCACUAAAACUCUGUGUAGCAUGUACUCUAUUCGCAAGCAGAAUGAACUGGGGGCUCCUAUUCAACUUCUGGUAGCUAGUUAACUAACGAACUUUAAAGCCCAAUAACACGGAGCAAAGCCCAAUUAACGUUUUC